AUGGUUGUCAAGUCUAUCGAGUCCUACGAAGAGUUCAAGAGCCUCAUUGAGGGCGACAAGGCGAUUGUCAUCGACUUCUGGGCCACCUGGUGCGGUCCUUGCAAGGUCAUUGGCCCUAUCUUCGAGAAGAUCUCGGCCACCCCUGCCGGUGAGAAGCUUGACUUCUACAAGGUCGACGUCGACACCCAGGAGAAGAUCGCCGCCGAGGUCGGUAUCCAGGCUAUGCCCACCUUUGUCUUCUUCCACAAGGGCCAGGCUGUCAAGAAGGUUGUUGGUGCCAACCCCUCUGCUCUUCAGUCCGGCAUCAGCGAGGUUUCCAGCUCCCUCUAA